AUGAAAAAAAAUGCACUUGCACAAUUUGCUGGAUUUCUUUGUGAAGAAGAAGGCUCUGAUGCUGAUAAUGUGAAAUACUGUGGCUACUGCAAAUACCAUUUUAGCAAACUAAAACAUAAAGAACGGGACAAACAAAAACUGAAGAGACCGCCAGAUUCCUGUCCAGCUCUUGCUCCAUCUGUUGCUGCUACUGCUGCUGAAAAGACUUACACAAGUCCUAGCAACAAUGCUGUCCCAGGAUCGUUAAAGCGGUUGGAAGAAACCACAGCUCGAUUUACCACUGCAAAUUUUCAGGAAGUGUCUGCACACCCACUAAGUGGAAAAGACAGUUCAGAGGUUAAAGGGCCAGAGGGUAAAGUGAAGAAGUUCACAGGUCAUAACUCCGUUCAGAAAGGAAGGAAGUCUGUUAGUGGAAAGACUCCAGUAACAGCAACAUCAACAAACAGUCCAUUUCAGCAAGGCAGCCUUCUGGGAAAUCCUAACAGUGUGAAAUCCCAACCUAGCAGUUUGGGCCAGUCUCCUAAGGAAUUUCUGAGAUUCACAGACUCUGAGUUACGAAGUGACAGUUCCAUCCUGUCGCAGCAAGCAUCAUCGUCAACCAGGGAUGUGUCUAAAGCAGAAUCGUCCCCCCAAGAUGGCCUUUCUAGUUUUGGAUCCUUAAUGGGCCUUCCAGCAAUUUCAGCUGGGACUUCACAACCUAAAAACUUUGAAAAUUCUCAUGGAGAUUUUAAUAACACAAGUCUUACAUCUACUGUAUAUAAACACCCUCCACCUUCUGGCACGGAAGAGGCCAUUGUGAAGGACAAAAAAAGAAGGGGGAGCAAAAGAGGAAAACAUGGACCUGGAAGACCAAACAUAAGCAAAAUGCAGGAGAAUGUUUCUCAUAUGUCCACAUCUUCAUCCUCUCCAGCAUCAUCUGUGGCAUCUGCUGCUGGAAGCAUUUCAAGUACAAGUAUUCAGAAGUCGCCAACAUUGCUCAGAAAUGGAAGUCUGCAAAGUCUAAGUGUUAGUUCAUCUCCUGUGGGAGCAGGUGUUUAUACCAGUAGUGAUGUGGCAGCACCUCUGCCAACUGCAGUCUGUAGUUCAAGUUGCAGUACCCCACUUUCUCCGUCAAAUGCAUCUCUUCAAGGUGUAUCCCAUUUGCAGCAGGCAGCAACAUCAUUAUUGCCAGGCACUGCUCCUGUGACUACUGUUGCAUCUACAACUCAGGCAAGUUCUUCCCCUGCAUCUUCUGUUAGUGUAACUUCUCACGUGCUUGGCAGUCAUCUGAAUCCCAGCUCAACAGUGACAACCCUAAUGUCUCAGUCUGAAAACAGUCAAGCAGAUCAAGAACUAGGAGACAGUAGCCAUGCCCUUGUUGGUAGGAGCAGUUCACCAAGAGGAAGCCUGUCACCAUGCAGCUCUCCUGUAAGCAGCUUACAGAUUCGCUAUGAUCAUUCAAGCAGCAGUGGCUUGGAGAACCUGCCUCUGGUAGCAACCAGCAUAGAUCAGUUUUUGGAGAGACAGUGGAAUGAAGGACAGCAGUUUUUGCUGGAACAAGGCACUCCUAGUGACAUCCUGGGAAUACUGAAGUCCGUACACCAGCUUCAGAAUGAAAAUCGACGUUUAGAGGAACAGAUCAAGAUCCUGACAGCAAAGAAGGAGCGCCUCCAGCUGUUAAAUGCUCAGCUUUCUAUUCCUUUUCCAACCUUAACUUCAAAUCCCUGUCCAUCUCCACAAGUGCAGGCAUUUUCAUCACAUGCUGUGCCAAGCACGGAUUCACUGAGUAACAGUAAGAGUCCACAUCUAAGCGCAAGUUUUUUGCCAGAAUAUUCACUUCCUCCUGCAACUCAGGAUUUAACAUCAAGUCGACAGAGCACCAGCAGUUCAUCAGUACUUUCUACCCCACCCCCUACUGGGCAGAGCCCAGCACAGCAAGAAUCAGGGGUCACAGGAGUUCAGCAGGUCAAUGGUGUGACAGUAGGAACAAUAAAUAGUGGUAUGCAGACUGCAACAUCUACCAUUCCAGCAGUGCCUGGUGUGGGUGGAUUAAUUGGAGCUUUGCCAGGUAACCAGUUGGCAAUCAAUGGAAUUGUAGGUGCUUUAAAUGGAGUUAUACAACCACCAGUUACAGUGACUCCAAAUCCCAGCUCUCUUUCUCAUGCAUCUGUGCCACCUAAUGUAACCCUUCCAUUAUCAACUGCUUUAAAUAGUAACUUACCAGCCAAGUCUAGUGCCACGGGAUUAAGUUUACUUCCUGACCAGCAGCGACAAUUAUUUUUACAUCAGCAGCAUCCACAGCAUCAGCAUAUGCAGCAAUUGCUAAAUUCCCAUCAGAUUUCUCCAGAGCAGCACCAGGCACUCCUGUAUCAGUUGAUGCAGCAACAGCACCAUCACCAGCAGCCUGAGCUACAACAGUUACAAAUUCCUGGGCCUGCACAAAUUAACAUUAAUAACCUCCUAGCAAAUACCCAGGGUCAGUCUCUGCACACAGCACCUGCUAACCCCUUUCUAACGAUUCAUGGAGACAGUCCUACACAGAAAGUCAUAAGGCUUAAUGAAAAAAUCGGAUCUGUUGUGCAAGAGAAAAGUUGAUGGAUUUAUAAGUAUUUGAACAGUAUACAUAUAUGUCUGUGUUAUAAUCUGCCUUUCUGCAACUCUCAGGAGAUGUGACAGAAAAAGCUGGAUAAACUGAACAGAUGAGAGUAUUCUUCACAAGGACAGUUUUUUCUUGUCUGUAUUUGGCAGUUUUAAAGAUAAUGUUGCACUAAAAUUGUACUUUUUACUUCAGGGACUGCAGAUAACUACAGAAAGAACAAUUCAUUCAGUAAAUGUAGCCAGUUUAACUUUUUGGCAGUGGACCUGUACUAGUUUGAACUAUAACAUGCCCAAGUUUUAAAAGACAAUCUGCUUACAAAAGAAGAAAUACGCUUGUGUAAAAUUGUUUUUAUUGGUAGUGCUGUACAAUUUUUAUCUCCAAGCUCCUUUCAAAGUAGGUUUAUGCAGCCUCAUUAUUUACAGUGUAUGCCUUUCUCUGGCGUUUCAUGUAUGUGUUUGUCGUAACUAUGAUGGACCAGAUUAGUAUUCAAAGACGGAAGACAUUACAUGGCACCGCUGCAGAAGGGUUUGUGGUAGCCUAAACUUAAGUGCCUCUUGAAAGUGCAAUGAUGCUGCGAGUGACUUUGUAUGCACUCCUGUAAGUUACUGCAAUAGGAAGAAAUCUUUUCGAUGCACAAUUUGUUGAUUUUGCUUUUUUUUAUGGAAAAGUACAUUUCUCAGCUCAAGUUGAUGUAUUUGCAGCAUCCGUGGCUUAAGCAAAGCAGCAUGAAGUAUGUUUGGUUGGCAUGUUGUUUUUGCUGGUCCUGUAAACCUCAGAGGAAAGAAAUACAUGAGGUUUGUGGUACAUUCCAUUUUUGUUGCUCAUAUUAUUGGAUAAUUAAAGUAUCUAAGUAGUGUGUUUAGUUCAUUGUUUAAAAUGUAUGAUUUAAGGUGUAUUUCUUAUGUCACACUAGUAUUCAAGUUAUUCGUUCAGAAGCUUGUUCCAUUAACUUUGAUGUUCAAAGACAUGUUAUAGAUGCUCAAAAUGUCAUAGAAAAUUUAUAAUACAAAACACCAUCACCAUAGUAGUGCAGUAAACAUUUCCACUGUAGGUGCCGAAAAGAUUGAGAAAUAAAUUACAUUAGUUAACAAGGACCUCCACUGUGUUUAACAUCAGUUAUAAAAAAAUGUCUGCAGCUUCUCAAUGUUAAGCAUUGCACAGUCUGUACCUCAUUUGUGUAAAUAGUUUUUGUGAAUCUGCUUGGUAUUAUUGAUUUCUUAAAAACCUCAAUAUUUUGAUUUGUAAUAUUCCUAAUUAGCAGUUUGAAUGGUGACAAAGUCUCAUUAAUUUAUUUUUAUAUGUGCAGGGGAUUUUAGAUGUGAAAACUUUAAUCUUUUGUAGAUAAUUUUCCAUAUUAUAUAUCAGUGUGGUUUAUUUUAGAUUCACUCUUUAACCCACUGUAACAGAGUUUGUACAAAUGAACAAAAUAAAUUGAUAUGUAUAUCUUCAUUGGGUGUAAAAUUUAUAGAUGUAUUUAAAGGAUUGUACAAAGUUUGUUUUUUUCUGAAUACUUUCUUUUUGUAGACAUCACUGACUCAUUAAAAAUGUGAAGGUGAUGCGCUGUUGUGCAAGAGGAAUUAAUAGGGGAAAUUAGAACUGUUUUUAUUCAGGUUCUUGUAUCUUGUGACUGACUGGACAUCUCUACCUCUUUCUGUUGUACUAUAUUCUUUAUGCCUUUAUAACUAUUGAAAUUGGUGCUGUUGUAAAUUACUAAAUUUAGUAAAAGCUUAAGAUUUUUUUCAUUUAACGGGUUUAAUUUUUCUCGUUAUUUAAUAUGUUGGAGUUAUGUGAUAAAAUGCUCAAUAAGUAGUUGAGAUUCAGUUUUUACUAUUAAAGAUGUUGCUAGCCAAAACAGGCAGACAACAAAAUAAACAUUUUAACAAAUA